CCUCUUUCCCCGCCUACAGCAUCCACAACGGGGUGAUCGCCGUCUUCCAGCGCAAGGGGCUGCCCGACCAGGAGCUUUUCAGCCUCAACGAAGGCGUCCGGCAGCUGCUGAAGACGGAGCUGGGGUCCUUCUUCACGGAGUACCUGCAGAACCAGCUGCUGACAAAAGGCAUGGUCAUCCUCCGGGACAAGAUCCGCUUCUACGAGGGACAGAAGCUGCUGGACUCCCUGGCAGAGACCUGGGACUUCUUCUUCAGCGACGUGCUGCCCACGCUGCAGGCUGUCUUCUACCCGGUGCAGCCCUCCCUGUUGCAGGGGGUGCAUGAGUCCCGGGGAGUGACCAAGGACUACCUGCGCCUGGAGUCGCUGAUCCAGAAGGUGGUGUCACCCUACCUGGGCACCUACGGCCUCUACUCCAGCGAGGGUUCGUUCACGCACUCCUGCAUCCUGGAGAAGCACUUCCUGCGCCGCUCCCGCUCAGGGGACGUCCUGGCCAAGAACCCGGUGGUGCGCUCCAAGAGCUACAACACGCCACUGCUGAACCCCGUGGCCGAGCACGAGGCCGAGGGCGCGGCGGCCGGCGGUGCCGGCAUCCGCAGGCACUCCGUCUCCGAGAUGACGUCCUGCCCCGAGCCCCAGGGCUUCGCCGACACGCCCGGCCAGGGCCCCGCUGGGACCUUCAGAUCCUCCCCGGCCCCCCAGUCGGGGCCCUGCCCCAGCAGACUGUAUCCGCCAGCCCAGUCCCCCGAGCCCGGCCGAGGCCCAGCCCGCGGCUCCCCAGCCUCCUCCAGCCCCGAGAACCUGGUGGACCAGAUCCUGGAAUCUGUCGACUCAGAUUCGGAAGGGAUCUUCAUUGACUUUGGCCGGGGCGCUGGCUCUGGCACGUCUGAGUUUGAGGGGGCCGGGGGCCGGCAGAGCAUCGUGUGAGCGCCUCGUGUUUUACUGACCCCAUGUGUCUGGUGCGUGAGUGCGGGAGUUUUCUACUCUGUCCCAUCCUGUCCCCCGUGGGCCUCAGCCACCUGGGCAUGCCUGAGCCUUUGUGGGAAAAACCGUCGCUGCCCCGGGUCCAGCACCACUGUGUCCUGGGGCGUCUGCGUGCGGGGCUCGCUAGGUGCCUGGGGCAGCCUUGUGUGUGUGGAGCUGCCAUAGCCGUCCCACCACCCUUGCCCGCCCCAGCCCUCCGAUGUCCACACCUUGGAGACUGUGAAUCCCUCAGCUUGGCCAGGCCCCCAGAGUGAUGGGGUCGGUAGCAGACUGGCCUCUUCCCUCCUAACUCACCUCAGGCCACAGUGUGACCUCCUGUGCGUGACUCUGUCCCAGACUCUCUGAGCGCCGUGUCUUCUCUUUGCCCAAGGUGGCCGUGGGCAGAGAGCAGGUGGAAUAAAACUUGUCUACCUGGCC